AUUAAAAUAAUAGAGUAACCUGCCCUUACUUCCGACAUCAAGCAGACAUCCAUAUUCAAUAUUUUGCAUCAUUUCGGGGUAUUUAUGUGCAUUCCUGUAAGUUUCUGCUUUUCAGACAACGAUUAGGCGAAGGUCAAACGUCAUCACCAGGCUGAUCACUGGCACACGUUGUCUGCACGUUUUACAGGCAUAGUACCCCCAGCUAAUCAUCCUCUGGCAGAAUGGGUGGGUCCCACACCAAGUCGGACCCUCCCCGUUACAUGAACACGAAGGAGGCCAGGGAGGUUGCCGGACUCAUCACAGAAAACUGUGUGAUGGUUUUCUCUAAGACUUACUGCCCAUACUGCAAAGAAGUAAAAAAUAUUUUCAAGAACCUGAAUGUGCCUUUUCAGUGUGUGGAACUGGAUAUCCGCCAUGACGGACAGGAGCUACAGGAUAUACUGCAAUACUUGACCAAGGCCAGAACGGUGCCACGAGUGUUUGUCAACGGGGAGUGUAUCGGCGGCUGCUCUGAGACCAAGGCCCUGUAUCAGACCGGGCAGCUCAAGGACAAGCUUGAGUCCUGCGGCAGUUGAUACUGACCGCAAUCAGUCCCGCUUCUAUUUAACUACUUUACGAUAUUCAGAUUUCAAUAUCUUUUAUGCAUUGUUCUCCCACUGAACAUAGAUCUCUUAAGCAAAGAUUUGUGGCAAUAUUAGCGAGUAACCAUGGUAACCUGUUUGAGGCGUCAGGAGGAGAAGGGGUGUGUUGACCAUGUGACAUGCCAGGUUUAUAUAUCCAGCUAAAACCUGAAUUUUUAUACAUGUCAUUAAUCAGAGGUUCAUUUUUCUUAUUAAACCGUAACCAUUGUAACUCUUGGAAUUUAUCUGGAAUUUCAACAAAGUGUCCAUGGUAAAGCAUUGUCUUCAGUAAAAUAAUGUAAGCCUUUGUGUUUUUCUCUUAGGCCACACAUUUUUAAUUUUAUGUUUCACAGAUUUAUUUCCAGCUUUUCCACACAAGGUUGGUCAAAAUAAAAAUAAAUAGCUAUGUCAAUCAUUUUUAUUUUUUUUAUGAAAGUCAUUCUGCCAUGGAGAUAAAACUACAGGUGGCCUCUUGAAUCACUGAUAGUGGUAAGGACAUGGAAUUUAUAUAUAAUGUUAUAUAUUGUACAAGAGGGUCUAUAUUACUAGCAGGAGGCAUAAUAAAAAUAAAUAUUUUUAUGUUUAAUUUAUUUCUUUUCCAGCUGCUUUUCAGUAGGGGCGGCGGGCCCAUGAAAUGAAAAAUAAUAAAUGUGUGGCCUAAUUCAUGCAAUUGGUCGCGUGAGAUUUUAGUAAGAUUACAAAACUAAAACAUUUCCCAGGGUGCGUCAUAAAUUUGAAUAAUCUGAACCUGGAAAUAUUUUGUUUCAUUUGGGGAAUAUAUUCCAACUUUUGUUGAAGACCUGGGCCAAAAAUCCCUGGAAACUUUCAGUCCUCAAGCCUGAAUCCAUACUCUGACAUUCAAUAUACCCUGAAGCUUGUGUCUAGUCAAAUGUCUUACAGACUGGUAGGGUUACCUGGUAUAGGCCCAUGUGUUUGAGGCUGGUGGUAUUUUACAAUCAUAUGGAACAGGUUUGGUAUUAAACUUAAUCAACCUCAAAUUUAGACAAGUGAGCUCACAUGGUGUCUGAUCCCAUAUUUCAGUGACCAGUAUCUUUGAUUAUGUUGAUUCCAAGGUUAUGUUGAUUCCAAGGUUCUGGAGAGCUUGUCCUCCAUCAUCUUUGGCGCCAUAAUUCAUUGGGCAGAGUUGUGUCCUUUGGGCAUUCCAGAAAACUAUGAUUGUGGGUUUGAAUCCCAUUCACCUUGAUUAUACUUCUUGGUUUGUCAGCACCAGACUCGUGCUCGGGUAUUCAUCAAAGUGGUAAACGUCUGAGACCUGCAUCACUUCGGGCUUUCCUCCCAUGUCAAGCUGAUGCGCCAUGAUAUGACUGGAAUGCUUUCAAAGCGGCUUUGUGGUCACUCGCUCAUUCAGGUCAGGUGAUCUGCCUUCAGAGUAGUUAGCUUUUUCUAAGACAGGUAUUUUAGCACAUAGAUGACUUAAUGUCACAUUGUGCCCUUUUCGAUACUUUCCUAACAACUAUAAUUUGUUUGGUUCAUUGUUCACAUUGUGGUUCAUGUUUAUGGACUAAAUGCUUCCAAAUUUCACAAAUCUAAAACAAAACUAAAAGGUGUUGAUUAUCUGUUUAGGGAAAUAAAAAAAAUCAGAACAAGUCUCUUGGAAAUGGAGAGUAACUUGUUCACUUUUAGGAAAACUUUCUCUUGUAACUAAUAAUUUCUUGAUUUUAUACUCAAUAUUUCUAAGCAUGUUAUGUGUAAAACUGACUCACAAUAUUAAUUUUCUUGGAGCAUGCUUUGUUGAGGAUGGGGCCAACUGUUGAGCCAGAGUAUGAUGAAGGAGAAACUGUCAAGAAUUGACUCCAAUCAAUCUAGAUUUUUGGUACUGAUAAGGCCAAAGGCCUAGAGUUCUGUAACUGUAGGUGUUGGGUACUCGUUCCCUGAACUCCAUGGUUACGGAGAUGGUGUAGCUCUCUCUCAAAGUACAAGUCAAUUUGGUUUCUCAAAGUACAUUUAUUGUAGACGGAAUUCUUGAAUAUUACACACAAUAUUUCUAUUGUAACAUUGUCUGGGGCGUGUAACAAAUUCAUACAUUUUCUUAGUUUCAUGGCAUGAUGAAAGAGAACUGAUUCUAAUGGAUCUGAAGAUGGGAUGGCGAUUAGGUUCCUCUUUCUUGAAUGUGAUGUGUGUUGAUUGUUACAUUAUAUACCUACAUUUAUAUCUCUAGCAAGAAGCUUGCAUUUGAAGAGGUUUAUGGUUAAGAUUUUUAUAUUUAUCGGUUUCUAUUCCCGUGUUGAGACUUUCUUACAAGUUCCAGUAUUUGCACGUUGUUGUCUGGUUUUGUCGUGCCUUUGCUUACCAUCUUGAUGUUUCUUUAUGGGAGAUUUUCCAUGAGAUUCCAGUAAGGUUUGAUGAAAACUUAAAUAUUUCCACAAGAUUCCCAAAUGGUUUGAUUUUAUUUAACUCUAAUGGUUACACAAGGUUUCCAAGAUGGUUAAUGGAAAUUGAACUGUUUCCACAAGAUUCUAAAGUGCUUUGAUGGAACCAUUAGCAUUUUCCACAAGAUUCAAUCAGGGUGGCUGAAACAUCUUCAGUUCAACCACAUGUUCCCCUACUUUUGGUGCCACCUGACUUGAAUAAUGGUGCAAUCAGCAUAAGCCUUUUCACUCACUCAUCAGACCUGUCAUACCACUGUGCAGAGUUACAUCCCUUACCCAGUUCAGGAUCUGAUGAUCAUGGCUUUUAAUCCCAGAUUUACCCUGUUUAGGAUCCUUGUUGUGUUGGCACCAUUCUUGACCUUGUGGAACCUGCAUCACUUCAAGCGUUCCUCCCACAAUAAACAGUAACACUGAUAUAAAGGAAAUAUUGUUCCAAGCCUCGCUGUAACAUUCACUCAAUCAUAUCCUAAUGUACAAAAUGAAAAAGACGAUGAUGGAUAAGAGCCCUUAUUUCGUCCACUUGAAAUUAUAUAUGCAGAAAACUUUGAAAUAUUGGUAUCAAAAUAAUAUAACAUCUGACAUCAGUCCUUUUUUCUUUCUUACACUGGCAUGUUUUGAACUUAUUACAUUGUGUACAUCAGCUAAAACGAGUGAAAAAGCCUUUUUUGUCAAACUUCAAUUGAAAAACCAACUACAGUCAAGUCCCGUUAAUCCAACAUUGAUGGUUGCAUAUGAUUAUGUCGGAUAGAUAAGGAUUCAAACACGUAAUAAAAAAUAUAAAAUAUAUAUUCAUAUUGUUAUGUUACUUUGUUGGCGG